UGCUGAGGCCGGGUCCCAGGCAGGCCCCAGACCAACCCACCAACCUCAGACCACACACUGACUGGGGAGGUUCCCCACCUGCCAGGCGCUCCCUGCCCAGCCGGCACCAAACCCACUGGCUGCUUCUCUCCUGAUACCUAUCGGCCACCGACGGACUCAGCCCCGCCCGCCAUGGCCCGGCUCCUGACGGUUGCCUUGGGUUGCAUCAGCCUCCUCCACCUGCUGUUCCCAGGCACCCUGCCCCGCAGCCCAGGCAGGACCCGGCGGCCUGCCCCGCCCAGGGCGCCCCCAGCCAGGACCCCCUCCAGUGGCCUGAAGCCUCGUCACCCCACACCUCGGCGUGUGGUCUGGAGGCUACAGCAGGCCCUGCAUCCACAGAGGAGCGCCAGCCAAGCCCCUGCUCCAGGGUGGCCUCUCCGGGGCGGUCCCCCCCGGCACCUGGGCCCCCGUAGGUCCCGAGACCAGCUCCUGAGAGUGGGCUGUGUGCUGGGCACCUGCCAAGUGCAGAACCUCAGCCACCGCCUAUGGCAGCUGGUGGGGUCAGCCGGCCCACGGGACUCAGCCCCUAUGGACCCCAGCAGCCCCCACAGCUACGGCUGAGGUGGAGAGGGCCAUCCCCACGCCUGGCCCCACCAGGAUGCUGUACCUCCGUCCCAGAGCUGCGCCUGGGCCCCCAGCCCCCACCCAGCCC